UCGUUAUGAUGACUUCAGUCAAAUUAGUUCAUUUUCGCAAUAAAUUGACGUUUUGCUUGGUUUAACUGUAGUGAUUAUGUAAUCGUAUCGUAAACUGAGGACCGCAAUGUCUCAAUGAAGUGUGCUACUCCUUUCAAGUGGGCCCCGUUUUGAAUUCCGAUUUGUACUUCGCGAAGUUCUGAGCCACAAUUACUAUUGUCAAGUCGAAUAAAAUUGGUUUGACGACAAACAAUUCCCAAAGAAAAUUAUACUAUACGUUAACAAAGCAUAACAAAAUUGGACGUUGAGGGGGAAAAGAAAUCUCACGAAGUCAGAUUUUUUUUUUGUAAGAACAUUUUUUGUUAGCGUCGUGGUACCUAACGGUAUCAUUGGCUGUAUACAGAAUAGGAAGGGGGAAAACAAACGGCGCAAAAGAGGUUCCCAUUGGUAGAGCGUAGGAGAGAAGAACAAACUUUAAGAACUAGAGGAGUUGCUGGUGGUUUCUUUAGUGCAAGUGCAACACCCACUGGACCGCCAGUUGCAAGUCCACCGUGGUCCGAGUCGCACACGAUUUUGAGAUAGGUGUCGUGUUCUUCCUCUCCAAAUCUUUCAGAAACUUUUCCUCGUAUCGACAACAUCAUGUACGUUAUUUGAAGUUGUUUUUCCUUUCGCCAAUUAUUUCAACACAUCCAAGCCCCUGCGUGUAGUCCAAUACAGGAAGGAAUACAACUGGAUAGCUGAUCGGAAUCAUCAUGAUUCUGUACGUCCUAGUGGCAUUUUCAAUGUCUUUUAUUGCCGUCUAUGGCAACCCACUUGACCAACCUUUGCCUUUAAAUUCGGAUUUUUGGGAAAAAAAAUCGCAAUACUAUUCACAUGGAGAAUCAUCCGAACAAGAUGUCCGAUUGGCGGAAGAAAUUGUCGUCGAGAGAUUACGCACCAAUGACGAUAAGAAGGCUCAACGAUUAGAAGCUCAGUUAGAGCUGAUAGCUCCUGUUGUCGAUCAAGCUGAACGCAAAUGGACCCAACUGGCUGAUUUGGAGCAUUUGAAUUUCACGGCUAUCGAAUGGGAAAUCGAAAACGAACUUCCCGAGCCCAACGACCGUACGUGGCGUAAAGGGCGAGGUCGUGGGGCGCGUGGAUUACCAGCUUUCCUGGGCAAUGCCGUCAAAUUGUUUGACCUGAAACAAGUCGUCAAAGAAUUGGAGACUUCCGUCAUGACUUCCGUUUCUUGCUCAGCUUGUAAAGCAGGUGUCGGUCUACUGCAGCAUUACGUUGAUUCAGGCAAGUCGACAGACGAAAUCGUUCAUGCAGCCACCAAACUGUGCAUGAGUCUCAAAAUCGAAUCACGUCGAGUUUGCGAAGGCAUUAUUCUCGCCAUGGCUGAAGAAGUUGUCUUUGUUUUGUCGCGGUUGAUUCUCACGGCUGACGAAAUCUGUGGUUUCGUCAUCGGUGACGUGUGUGCCAUCCCGUACAACCCGUACCACGAUUGGGAAGUCGCUUUGCCGCCCAUUCCAAAACCGGCUCUCAUUAGCCAACAAAUACCCAACGGCGGUGUUGCUGCUCAACCGUUGAAGGUCCUUCACCUGUCCGAUACUCAUUUUGAUCCCUACUAUCACGAAGGAAGUACAGCCAAUUGUAACGAACCACUCUGCUGCCGACUGACGGACGGCAUUCCGGAUUCGCCGACUAACGGAGCUGGACGCUGGGGAGAUUACCGCAAAUGCGAUACACCAAGACACACCAUUGAAAGCAUGCUGCAACAUAUUGCCAAUUAUCAUCAGGAUAUUGACUUCAUCAUUUGGACGGGUGAUCUUCCACCUCACGACGUCUGGAAUCAGACGCGUAACGAUAAUCUCUACGUUUUACGGGAGACGGUCCGCCAGCUGACCUAUUAUUUUCCCAACGCUCGCAUUUUUCCCGCACUAGGCAACCAUGAAAGUGCGCCCGUUAACAGUUUUCCUCCUCCGAAUAUCGAGGCUACUCAUACAAUGGAUUGGUUGUACGAUGAACUAGAUCUUCUCUGGCGUAGAUGGUUACCCGAUUCUACAUCACCAACCGUCCGAAAAGGCGCCUUCUAUUCAGUUCUCGUCAGCCCAGGCUUCCGGAUGCUUUCACUCAAUAUGAAUUAUUGCAACAACAAAAAUUGGUGGUUAUUAUUGAAUAGCACAGAUCCAGCCCAAGAGCUUCAAUGGUUAGUUUACGAACUCCAAAGUGCCGAACUCAAGGGCGAAAAAGUACAUAUAUUAGGCCAUAUUCCCCCCGGCCACAGCGAUUGCCUCAAAGUUUGGUCACACAACUAUUACCGGAUCGUCAACAGGUAUGAGGCGACCAUCGCAGGCCAGUUUUUCGGGCAUACUCAUUUCGAUGAAUACGAAGUGUUUUACGACGAAGUUUACCGUGGCCGGGCUUCCAGCAUCGCUUAUAUCGGUCCUUCGGUGACACCUUACUACGGCCUUAAUCCGGGCUACCGGAUUUACCACGUCGACGGAAAUUAUGCUGGAACAUCCCGCAUGGUUGUCGAUCACGAAACGUGGAUUAUGGAUCUUCAAGAAGCCAAUCGGCACAAUGUCGAUUCUCCCCGCUGGUAUCGACUUUACACGGCCCGCGAGGCGUUCCGGAUGCCAUCGCUGACACCUCAAGAUUGGGACCAUUUAGUUCAUCGUAUGACCUACGACGACAACCUCUUUCAAACUUAUUACAAGUACUAUUGGAAAGCAUCUCCUGUACGGCCGAGUUGCGAUGCCGAUUGCAAGAAACGAUUACUGUGCGAUCUAAAAUCUGGCCGUUCAAAUGAUCGAAAAUUGACCUGCCAAGAAAUCGAAGAGCGAAUUGACAGCACGAAAAAGAGCUCCUCGUGGAAGACGUGGCUGUUUAAUGGAGUUUCAGUUUUGGCACUGGGCUUUACGUUACCUCAUCUGCCAGCGCUGUUUGGAUAAAUGCUCCCAUCACAGAACCUCUCGCCUGGAUUCAAAAGUGAUAUUCGCCCUCAUACUAUAUUAAAAGGAUUGGAAAAGUUUUAUACCGGAUGGACGUCUUGUUGUUGUUGACUGUGUACAUAAUAAAAAAAAUAAAAAAAUAAAAAAAAAAUAAAAAAAAAUAAAAAAAAUAUGGUGUGUUUGCCGCA